AUGCACAAAACCCUCAAAGCGAUUCCUUUCUCUUUUCACAGAUGUCCCAAAUUUCACUGUCUCGCCUCUUUUUCUUAUCUCACUCCCCUGCAUCAUCUUACCUCUGCGCCGUCUUUUUCAUCUUCCUCCUCGUCGUCACAAUGGUUCGGCUUUCUUCGCGAUGCAAUCUCGACGUCGGACUUGACGCUCGGAAAAUGUACGCACGCACGUAUACUAGCCUUCGAGGAAAACCCAGAACGAUUCCUGGUCAACAAUCUCAUUUCCAUGUACUCAAAGUGUGGAUCACUCUCUUAUGCUCGCCGAGUGUUCGAUAAAAUGCCUGAAAGAGAUCUUGUUUCCUGGAACUCUAUUUUAGCUGCCUAUGCGCAGUCUUCCGAAGGGGUUGUCGAGAACAUUGAAGAAGGUUUUUUUCUUUUCCGGAUUUUACGCCAGAGUGUUGUGUUUACUAGUCGAAUGACUUUGGCUCCACUUUUAAAACUCUGUUUGCAUUCUGGAUGUGUGUGGGCUUCAGAGGCAGUUCAUGGGUAUGCUUGCAAGAUCGGUUUGGAAAGUGAUGAAUUUGUUGCUGGAUUUCUUGUUAAUAUUUAUCUGAAGUUUGGCAAGGUUAAGGAAGGUAGAGUUUUGUUCGAGGAGAUGCCUUAUAGAGAUGUGGUGUUAUGGAACUUGAUGUUAAAGGCUUAUCUGGAUAUGGGUUUUAAAGAAGAAGCAGUCGACCUCUCUUCUGCAUUUCAUAGAAGUGGCUUGCAUCCCAAUGAAAUCACCUUGCGUUUACUCGCUAGGAUCUCUGGUGAUGAUUCUGAUGGAGGACAAGUGAACUCCUUUGCAAAUGGUAAUGAUGCUUCAGAGAUAAGAUCCAAGAACCAAAGAUUGACUAAAUGUCUUCAGGCAAGCCAGUAUUCAGCUCUUCUCCAAUGUUUCACGGAUAUGGUUGAGUCCAACUUGGAAUGUGAUCAAGUCACAUUUAUUUUAGUUUUAGUUACAGUUAAUAGAUUAGAUAGUUUGGUACUAGGGCAGCAAGUUCAUUGUAUGACAUUGAAGUUAGGAUUUGAUUUGAUGCUCACCGUUGCGAAUAGUCUAAUAAACAUGUACUGUAAACAGAGAAAAAUCGGUUUUGCUAGGACAGUAUUCCACAGUAUGAGUGAACGAGAUCUGGUUUCGUGGAAUUCUAUUAUAGACGGUCUUACUCAAAGUGGCCUAGAAAUGGAAGCAGUGUGUAUGUUUAUGGAGCUGUUGCGUCGCGGCCUGACACCAGACCAGUAUACUAUGACGAGUGUUUUAAAGGCAACUUCUUCUCUUCCUGAAAGCUUGUCGUUGAAUAAACAAGUUCAUGUACAUGCAAUUAAGUUCAAUAAUGUUGCUGACAGUUAUGUAUCUACUGCUCUGAUAGAUGCCUACUCUCGGAACAGCUGUAUGCAAGAGGCAGAGGUUUUGUUUGAGAGGAACAGUUUCGACCCCGUGGCUUGGAAUGCCAUGAUGUCUGGUUACGCCCAAAGUCAUGAUGGUCACAAGACUCUGAAGCUCUUUGCGUUGAUGCAUAAACAGGGGGAGAGAUCCGAUGAUUUCACUCUCGCAACAGUGCUUAAGACAUGUGGUUCCUUGUUUGCGAUAAAUCAGGGAAAGCAAGCCCAUGCUUAUGCAAUCAAAUCUGGAUAUGACUUAGAUCUAUGGGUCAGCAGUGGAAUCUUGGAUAUGUACGUAAAAUGUGGCGAUAUGAGGGCAGCACAUUUUGCUUUCAAUAGUAUUCCUGUGCCCGACGAUGUUGCUUGGACGUCUAUGAUAUCAGGAUGCAUAGAAAAUGGGGAAGAAGAGCGAGCUUUUCAUGUUUAUAGCCAGAUGAGGCUCAUGGGAGUGCUGCCUGAUGAAUUUACAAUAGCCACACUUGCGAAAGCAAGUUCUUGUUUGACGGCAUUAGAACAGGGGCGCCAAAUUCAUGCAAAUGCCCUCAAGUUGAAUUGCACGGGUGAUCCGUUCGUUGGAACUUCACUGGUGGACAUGUAUGCUAAGUGUGGAAGCAUAGACGAUGCAUAUUCUUUGUUUACAAGGAUUGAAAUGAGGAACAUCGCUGCCUGGAAUGCCAUGUUAGUAGGUCUAGCUCAACACGGGGAAGGGAAAGAAGCGCUCCAGCUUUUCAAACAGAUGAAAUCUCUGGGUAUAAAACCUGAUAAGGUCACAUUUAUCGGCGUUCUCUCUGCUUGCAGUCAUUCAGGCUUGGUGUCCGAGGCAUAUAAGCAAAUCCAAUUGAUGCAUCGGGACUAUGGCAUUAAACCUGAGAUAGAACACUACUCAUGUUUGGCUGAUGCGCUUGGCCGUGCUGGACUUGUUCGAGAGGCUGAAAAACUGAUCGAGUCAAUGUCCCUGGAAGCUUCAGCAUCGAUGUACAGAGCUCUGCUUGCAGCUUGCAGAGUUCAAGGGGACACAGAAACAGGGAAGAGAGUUGCAACUAAGCUUUUGGAGCUAGAGCCAUCGGAUUCAUCAGCUUACGUGCUUUUAUCCAACAUGUAUGCUGCUGCUUCCAAAUGGUGUGAGAUGAAACUUGCCCGGACAAUGAUGAAAGGGCAGAAGGUGAAAAAAGACCCGGGUUUCAGUUGGAUCGAGGUGAAAAACAAGAUCCAUCUAUUUGUUGUGGACGAUAGGUCAAACCCACAAACAGAAUUGAUAUACGAGAAAGUAAAAGAUGUGAUUAGAGACAUCAAACAAGAAGGGUAUGUUCCUGAGACAGAUUUCACACUUGUAGAUGUGGAGGAAGAGGAGAAAGAGCGCGCACUGUACUACCACAGCGAGAAGCUGGCGGUUGCUUUCGGGCUUAUGAACACUCCUCCAUCCACACCGAUCCGUGUGAUCAAGAACCUACGCGUCUGUGUAGAUUGCCACAAUGCGAUGAAAUAUAUAGCAAAAGUGUAUGGUAGAGAGAUUGUACUGAGAGAUGCAAAUAGGUUUCACCGGUUCAAGGAUGGUAAAUGCUCAUGUGGUGAUUUUUGGUAGUUGGAC